ACAGCAUGGUUGUAACUUCCGCCUGAGUUGGUUGGGCUUCCUCUGAGCGUGACGUGUAUCACGGAGGACACCCGUAUACUGUGGAUGAUGCUAAUAUGAAGUUAGCCCGUCCUGCUGCCGGAGAUAUCAAGUGAUCAGCUGUGUAGACAUCCACAAGCCAACGGUCUUCGGUCGGUGCUUCCGGAACAAUCAUGUCUGUGACGCUGUGUGGAGCACAGGGACGGGCUGGGAGAGAUGUUUUACGCGUCUUGGUUCCGCUCGCCGCCGCCGUGUUGUUGUUUUCGGUCGGAGUCGCUGCAGUUCCAGAGGAGCACAAAGCGGUCCCGGUGCAGGAGGUGCUCCCACAGGAGAAAGCACCAAGUCCUCAUCCAGUGGGCCCAGUAGUUUCAGAGAAUGACCCCACCAAAGGAAACAUGGGUUUCAUUCAUGCCUUCGCAGCCUCUCUCUCCGUCAUCAUCGUCUCAGAGUUGGGAGACAAGACAUUUUUCAUCGCAGCCAUCAUGGCCAUGCGCUACAACCGUCUCACCGUGUUGACAGGCGCCAUUCUGGCUCUGGGAAUCAUGACUUGUCUCUCUGUGCUGUUUGGUUAUGCCACCACCAUCAUCCCUAGAAUCUACACAUACUAUGUAUCCACGGCUCUGUUUGCCAUCUUUGGUGUGCGCAUGCUGAGAGAGGGGCUGAAGAUGAGUCCAGAUGAGGGUCAGGAGGAGCUGGAGGAGGUGCAGGCAGAGAUCAAGAAGAAGGACGAGGAGCUUCAGCGAUCUAAACAGGUCAAUGGGACUGCAGAUGUGGAGGCUGGAUCGGGGAACACGCAGCCUCAGAGGAAGUGGCACAGCUUCAUCUCACCUGUCUUCCUCCAAGCCUUCACCCUCACCUUCCUCGCAGAGUGGGGGGACCGCUCCCAGCUGACCACUAUCAUUCUCGGAGCACGGGAGGAUCCUUUUGGAGUUGCUGUGGGUGGUACACUGGGACACUGUUUGUGUACAGGACUGGCUGUGAUAGGAGGGAGAAUGAUCGCCCAGAAAAUAUCUGUCAGAACAGUUACAAUCAUUGGAGGAAUAGUUUUUCUGGCGUUCGCCUUCUCUGCCCUUCUCAUCAAGCCAGAGUCUGGAUUUUGAUUGGACGAACAACUUUUCAGGUUCACUCUGUAUAUACGUGUAAACUUUGGUUCACUUGCUGUUGAGAGAUUGUGUGUGUGUGCGUGUGUGUGUCCAACAGACCUUGUGACAAGUUGAACAGGAAGCCAAAGUCCCCUCCUCCUUCCUUUAGACAAUUUCUGUUCCAGUAGAGCCUCUAACACUGAGUGCAAAGUUAGCAUUAAAUAAGAUUGUCUUCACCAAAACCUUUUGGGAGUCGCUGAAUACUUACAAAGCAGAAAGUCUAAAGUAGUGAGGAGAAACCAUUGAGUAACAGACGUCGGUGUGAGAGGAGAGAAGGACGUUCUGUGGCUUCCUGUUCCAGCUUUGUUCUCUUCACAAAGUGUGCGAGAGGAAGAAGCCCACUCGCUGCCCUCCGACCCGUCAGUUAGAGGUUAUGUGGCUCAGUCCGAACCCCACAUGCAGUACGUUUCUAACACUUAGCCAUCUCCUUUAGACAAUAAGUCCAUUUCAAAGUCAUUGCCUUUUUAUUUGUUUAUAAAUGUUGUAUGAUCCUUUUGUUUGUCUAACGUGAGCCCAGAUGCUGGUGUUUAUUCCACCUUCCUCUCUGGGAGACACUUUUUAAUAGAAUCUACUAUAACUCCCCAAGAAGUGCGAUAUAAUUUAAAUUGAGACGGAGACAUCAUUGAAAUAUUUCCGAGUUAUUCCCUUUGGCUGCUGAUACAAUGAGCAGUUGUUUUAGAGAGACAGGGUCCUGAACAACUACAAUACCUCUACGUUCGGGUGUCGCCAUACCUUACAGUAGAUAGUAUCUAGAGCUACAGCACAGCUCCUCUUCAAAAAGCUGAUCACCCAGUGGUGAUAUUGAUCGGGGGGGGUUUCAUUAUGGUCCACACCUGGUAUCAACAUCUGUCCUGAAUGUGUCUCCUGAGAUCACAUGUGGCAGGUUGGAGGACGUCAGCUGAGUAGGCGGUCCUUCAAAUGUGGCCCAGGACAGAUCUGUGUUCACAAUGUGAAGAGACUAGGCCACAUGUGUCUCUGUCCACCUCAGAAUGUGUUUUCUCUGAUCGAUCCUCAGGACACAUUACUGAAGACACAUUGGGGUGCGUUCACACAUGAACUUCACGCUGAACACUUGGGAUUAGACCAUUCAGGACAGAUCAGUUAUCAACAGCGUAAAGAGUACAGAUCAUGUUGAUGAUCGGUCAUUUUCAGAAACAACUCGGUGCUUUAGUCGUGAAGGGGCCUGAAUCACGAAAGAUGCUUUUAAACAUGGACUAAACUCCUGAUUAUCUCCUGACAUCUGUAUGUAAGAGCACAAAUGUCUGAGUGAGAGGCUCCUGACUUUCUCUAGGAGUUUAUUCUCCGGAUAAUGUCUGAGUGAGCCCAUGUGAGACUGUAAGAACACCUGAACGCUCCACAGAUCACUGUGUUGCUCGUGAGUGACAGGAACACUUUGUGUAAAGUCUGGACCCAGCAGUGCAGACAUACUCCAGAGUUCUUCUCCGAGAACAAUUAGUCAAGGAUAGAAUGUAAUCAUGACACAAUAACCACCAUGUCAUUUGUACAAUUUGUUUACCCUCUUCAGCCAUAAGCAGCUGUGUUGUAGCUACAGCGACACCUCAACCAGCAAUGUAAGAAAUCCCUGUGUUUCCCUUUUAUUUAAAAUGCUCUGUAUUUAUUUAGCCUCAUUUUCUUUUAGCGUACGUACUGUAGACAGAGAACAGGGUGGGUAAGAGGUCAAAAGAAACAAGGGAUGGAACUAUUUUUUUAACUGAACAGGCCGAAGCUGUGUUGUCAAUAUUUGACAGACUGUGCCCGGCUGUGUAAUCCGUCUGUUUGUGGGACAGGUUGGUUGAAAUCUGAAUAUUUCUCUCAAUAAAAUGUUUCAUGUGUGUCUUCUUUCUAAA